ACAAAACUUGUCUUUUCUGUUGGGUAACUAAACUAUGGCACGCUUUCUUAAUGCUUCACCCCUUUCUCUCUCUCUAAAUCUCUCGAGAUUUCCUCACACACUUCACACUUUUAAACGUUUCAUUUCUCACUCUAUAUGAGUUCAGUUUCAACAUUCAUGUCCAAAAAGAACCAUCUAUUUUCUCUCUACUCAAACAAACGGAAAAAAAACAACAAGAAUCUGCUUCUAAAACAGGUUUUAAGCUAUAAAUUAUAAUGGCUGAAAAUUCCGACAGAAAUGAUUUAAAUGCUGAUGAUGUUUUAUUUGAUCGAGAGAAUGAGGUUUUGGGUUUUGAUUCUUCAACAAGGUCCAAUGUUAAUGUUUCUGAAGCCCUAAUCGGUGAUGUUGGAGGAACGGAUGGUUCAAUGGACCUGUUUUCUGGGACUGAUGUGGUUGGGUUUCACAUGAACUCAGGGUGUGAUGUUAUGGUUAAUGACUGUGAAAAAGAGGGUUUUUGUCAAGAAAAAGUGAAUGGUUUGGAGGAUGGAGGAAUGUUUGGUGUUGUUGAUGGUAGGUGUGAUGGGAAAGUAGAAAAAAUUUCAUGUGGGUUGGUGGAGAAUGAAGAUGAGAAAAGUGUGAUUCAAUGUUCUGGUGGAGGUUCAGAGUCUGAUAAAGAUUUGAUUUUUGGAUUGAAUGUUGAUGUUCAGAUUGAACAAGAAUGUGAGAAUGUGGAGAAAGUUGCGUUGAGUAAUGAGGUUCAAGAAGCUGAGGACGGGGUUGAAAACAUGGAUGUCGAUGCACAAGAGUCUUUGGAUAUGAAUGUUUCGGUUUCGAGAAAGGCCUUUCUGUCAGAUUCACAAGAAAAUGUGAUUCAGAAUUAUAUCAUAGGAAUGAGUAAUUCUGGUGAAACCAACUAUGAGGAUAAUCGAUAUGACUGUAGUGGUUUAGAUCUAGUUGUGGAUCUUAAUUCUUGUAGAAACCCUCAGGAGGAUAAUGUCUCGAGGGAUUCGGUGUUUUCCGAUGUUAACUAUCAUGUAUCUGAUUUAGUAUGGGGAAAGGUUAAGGGCCAUCCUUGGUGGCCUGGUCAGAUCUAUGAUCCCUCGGUUGCAUCGGAGAUGGCAAAGAGGCUCAGGAAGGAAAACUGUUACCUGAUAGCAUAUUUCGGAGAUCAAACAUUUGCUUGGAAUGAUGUGUCAAUGAUAAAACCGUUUCAUAAACAUUUCUCCGAAUUUGAGAAACAGAGCGAUUCGGAAAUUUUCCGCCAUGCCGUUGAUUGUGCUGUAGAGGAAGUUUCGAGACGGGUUGAGUAUGACCUGUAUUGUCCUUGUGUUCCUGAAGUAUUCUCUAAGCUGAAAACACAAGUAGAUGCUAAUGCUGAAACCCUUGAUCAAUCAAGCAGAAUUGGCAGGGACAGGUUUAUAGGUGCAACAUCGUUUGAACCGGCGGAAUGUGUCGGUCUUGUUAAAUCAUUAGCUCAGUCACCACUUACUGAGUUUGAUAGACUGGAUGUUGCAAGUGCUCGUGCCCAAGUGUCGGCUUUUAAUCGUUCAAAAGGCUAUUCAGAGCUGCCUGAGUUUGCAGUGCUUGGUCGGUUGUUUGAGAAUGAUAUGGAAACUCAACCUGUAAGAGAGAAAGAACAGUUUGAUCAAGUUAAUGAACAAGUUUUGAAACCCGAUCAAUGCUCUUCGCAGAACUCCGCAUCAACUUCACGUCGUGGAAGGAAACCAAAGGCAGCUUACAAUACUUCUGAUAAUUGUUACCAGAAUUUCCAAAUUGCUGGUAAUAGUUCAACUUCACGGCGUGGUAGAAAACGGAAGUUAAUAGCUUACAAUAGUUCUAAUUGUUGUUGCAAUAGUUCCCACACUGGAAACCACGCCCAAUUACAGAACGUAUCCGGAGAUGAUUUGUUGUCUCAACUAUGCUUGGUUGCCAAAGAUCCUGUAGGAGAAAGUUGCUACAGUGAGGUGAUACAUUACUUUGCGGAGUUUGGGAAAUUCAGUGGCCGAAACAAUUUUGCUUUCUUUCCGGAGGGAUUGUCUUUAGAACAAGAGCAAGAUGGUGAGACUGGAGUAAUAACUUCGGUAGAACCUGCUGCUACAGCUUCUAUAUCGACACCGAUGGAGGUUUGCAAUGAUUCUUAUUGGACUGAUAGAAUAAUUCAAAGCACUCCUGAAGAGGAGACACUCUUAGAAAAACAAGAUAAAAGAGAGAAACUUUUGAAGGCUGACGAAAUUAUCCCUAAUUCGAGUUUCGUGCAUCAAGAUAGUGACAAAAAUCUCGGAUCAGAUCCCUCCAACAAUGUGGAACAUGAUACUACUGAUGUAAAUCUCGGAUCAGAACCAUUCAACAAUGUGGAAGAUGAUACUAAUGUAAAUGUAAAUCUCGUGUCAGAACCUUCAAACAAUAUGGAACAUGUGAACGAGAGUUCUCCAAUGGCUCUUAAUCUGAUAUCAGAACCUUCCAACAAUGCGGAACAUGAUACUGAUGUAAACCUCAUGUCAGAACCUUCGAACAACUUGGAACAUGAGAACGAGAGUUCUCCAACUGCUCUUACUCUUAAAUUUACAAAUUUUGAGUCAGUUCCUUCAGCAACCUAUCUGAACCAGAUUUUUGCUAGCUACGGGCCGCUGAUUGAAUCAAAGACUGUCCUGCUAGAGAAAACUAACUGCGCCAGAGUUGUUUUCAAAAGACGCGUUGAUGCAGAAAGUGCUUUUAGCAGUAGUGGAAAGUAUAGCAUAUUUGGACCUUCGUUAAAGAGUUAUCGCCUCAAGAUUUUGCCUCCUAAGCCAGAGAAAGGCACAACAAAAAAGCGAGGCAGAAAAAGCAAAAAAGAAAAAAGUUCGGUGGACGCCGCAGCGGUUUGAUGCCUUGGCAUUAGCUGGUGAGUUUAUGUGAAUAUUAGUUCUAUUAUUUUGAUCGGAUAUUAUUUUUGGCUAGCAGUGUUGAUACAUAGAACUGAGUAACUGACUAGCUGGUGUUAUAUAGAAAUCUUCUGAGGAUAGUAUCAAUUCCACUUAAUUAUGAUGAUGGAUGUAUUUUUGGGACUAAUAUGAACCAUGUUUGAAGUUUCAUUUAGUAUAUGACUUUGUUUGAUGACUUA